CGAGCUGUGUUUGCGGAAGUGCGCGCCGGUCGGUUGGAGGGAGUUUUAAAGUGCGGAUUAAUGAAGAUUAAAGACCGAAAACGCCGCAGCGGCUCGGCCUGCGGAGCGUUAUAACGCCGCCACAGCGCGGGGAGCCUCGCAGAAGACCCGCAGCGGCUCGGCCUGCGGAGCGUUAUAACGGCUCCACCUUAAACGGCGCUCCGCUGCUGCUGCGCUUAAGGUGGACCGGGGCGUUCGGGCCAGGCGCGGGAUCAGACCAGAUCAGACCAGACCAGGUUCACUCUCUCAGGUGAAGGACCGUCCAGCAGGUGAUGACCAUGGAGAGUGCGCUGUUUGGGGAGACAGUGAUGCAGAUCACCACGCCUCCUCUCCCUUUAAGCCCCGCCCCUCUUCCGCCCCAGUGCCCAGAGCUCGACCUGUCAGUCAUGUUCAGCCCGGAACGCCCAGAACGUCCGGCGGCUUCAACCAGAGUUCUAAAGAAAGGACGCGCACACACACGACCACGACAGGUGCGCUUUGAUGUGAGCCCAGACUCCUGUGCUAAACCCCCCGGACCCCACAGAGGGCAUUUAGCGGAACAGCAUGCUGUGACCACGUCAGCUCCACAGCCCUGCAGCAGCCAAUCAGCUGCUGAGAAACCACAGGGAAGGCGUGGCCAUUUCCCAUCACACCUUUCAGCCCAGACUGACGGACAGCUGGAGGAGGGGGCGGAGCUUAACACCACUUUGGCUUUGAGGGCAGAACUACAGCAGCUGAAGGAGGCGGAGUUUGACUCCCAGAAGGCCGUGCAGGAGAAACUGCAGAACUCUGUGGUCACCCAGGAGUACAUCAGAGUCAAAGCAGCAGAAGGGUUAAAUUUCCCACGCUCUCAGCCCUUGUAUCGUGCCUUAGUCAGCGUCAGCCUGUCACAUGACCAGAUCAUCAACGAGGUGCUCCGGGAUAGGCCAGCCUUGGCCCCGCCCACUACGAGCUACAAGUCCCGCCCACGUCCAGCAGAGGGCCCCGACCUGAUGACCUUCUACAGCCCUCAGCAGCUCUUCAGAGAGACACCACUGUUGCCAGGCGACCAGAUCCCUCUGCCCCGCCCGCGCCCUGAGCCCCGUCCUGCCCACGCAACCUUUCACCUACAUCAGCGCCACAGGCAGUGGGAGGCGUGACCUAACACAUCACUUCCUGUGGGCGUGGCUGUGUGGACCUGUGAACGGAUCGUUAUUAGGAAUGAUGAAGAUGAUGAAGAUGAAGGUUUCAGAGCCGAGGAAGGCCGGUUCACACUGUUGUAGCGUUCACUACGGUCUUAAAAAUGAUGGUUCUUCAAGGGUUCUUUAGUAAAGACAUUGUCUAUAUAGAACCAUGAACACUCAAAGAACCAUGUGCAUGACUCUGCAGUUCUAUAUAAAUCUCUGUCUUUACCAAAGAACCCUCGAAGAACCUCCUUUUCUAAGAGUGUACAGAUGUUCUGUGCAUCCCUGACCUCCUCUGAAGGUGGAUUGAGUGAUCAGAUCACAGUCCAGGGGUGAUCCACCAAAUUUUCAAAAUCCUCUGCACAAGUAACUGGUUCAGGUCUAAACAGAGCGGUUCUGAGCGGUUUGGUGUUCUAGAUAAACAUACCGAGUUAGAACCGUUCCCAGUGGUGGUGAUGGGAACCAGACGUCCCCCUCUAAAAGCUCCUCACAGUGGAGGUGAUGGGAACCAGACGUUCCCCUCUAAAAGCUCCUCACAGUGGUGGUGAUAGGAACCAGAC